AUGAAGAAACCGAUUCUGGCCAACCUUAAAGUGUUUGGAUGCCACGCGUAUGUUCAAGUGCCUCAAGACAAACGCGCGAAGUUCGACUCCAAGUCAUCACUCUGUCGUUUCCUGGGAUACGCCGAACACCAGAAGUCAUAUCGAUUUGAGGAAGUGUCAACAGGAGCGAUCAAGAUCAGUCGCGAUGCCACAUUCAUGGAAGACAAGUUUGAUGAAGGUCCGCGCAACUACAACGAUGAGUCAAGUGUCGUUGAGUUUGAUGAUCAUGAUGAGGACGAAGAAAAAGAAGAAGGUAAAACUGACGACGACAUGGACUCGAGCGACGAUGACAACGAAGACACCAGGUCUUCGAAGAGCAACAUCAAGAGACACACGCGCACUCAAUCACUUGAGAAAGCUACCGUCAUUCCAAGUCCCAAGCGAAGAACAUACAGAGGUCCGUCGCUUGAGCAUGUGUCAGCGGCUGCAAUGGAUUUUGAAGCAGCCUACAUCGUUGAUUCAGUGGGGGAAACGCCGACUACAUUCAAGUCGGCGAUGGAAUCAAGCGACUCCGGCAAGUGGAAAGAAGCGUGUGACUCGGAGUUCGAUUCGCUUCAGAGAAACGACACGUGGGAAAUCGUGCCUCUUCCGAAAGGUCGCAAGGCCAUCGGGUGCCGAUGGGUUUUUCGUGUAAAGGAGAAUCAAGAUGGCGAAGUUGAACGUUUCAAGGCAAGACUUGUGGCCAAAGGAUUCUCACAGAAAUUCGGAGUUGACUAUGAAGAAACUUUCGCACCGGUGGCCAAGUUCACAUCGAUUCGUGUGGUGCUCAGUAUGGCGGCCAAGUACGGCCUAAUGCUACAUCAGAUGGACGUCAAGACAGCGUUUCUUAACGGCUCCCUCAACGAAGACAUCUACAUGGACCAGCCGAACGGAUACCUGGAUGCAACACAGCCGGACUAUGUGUGCAAGCUAAAGAGAUCACUCUACGGCUUGAAGCAAUCGCCUCGCAUGUGGAACCAAACAAUCGAUGGGUUCAUGAUCAAGAUGGGAUUCAAGAAGUGCGAAUCGGACCACUGCAUCUACAUCAAGCGAGACGACCAAGACAUGAUUCUCGUGGUGCUCUACGUCGAUGAUCUCAUCCUGGCCAGCAGCAACAACGAACUCCUCAAGUCAACCAAGAUGGCGCUGAGCAAACGCUUCGAAAUGACGGAUCUCGGUGAGCUCGAUUACUUUCUCGGCAUGGAGAUCAAGAACGACCGUAAGACGGGAAUGGUGACUGUACAACAAACCAAGUUUCUCAAGUCCGUGUUAACCAAGUUCGGAAUGGAUAACAGCAAGCCAGUGAAGACGCCUCAAGAUCCCGGCCUGAAGCUAACCAAGAACAUGUGUGAACAAGAAUGCAAGCACGAAGACACCAUGUGCAACGUGCCAUAUCGAAGUGCUGUCGGAGGCAUCAUGUAUCUCAUGGUCGCCACACGUCCGGAUCUAGCUGCUGCAGUGGGAUCAUUAUCCCAGUUCUCGUCCGACCCAUGCCCGACUCACUGGCAAGCUUUGAAGCGUGUGCUGAGAUACCUGCAAGCAACGCCCAAUCAUGGUCUUGAGUUUACACGUGAAGAAGGAAGCCGUAUCUGCGGGUACACCGACGCAGACUGGGCCGGCGACAUUGAGUCAAGACGAAGUACAAGCGGCUAUGUGUUCAUGAUGAGCGGAGGAUGCAUCAGCUGGAAAAGCCAGAAACAACGGACGGUCGCGCUAUCUUCAACAGAAGCAGAAUACAUGGCGCUUUCCGAAGCAACCAAAGAAGCAGUAUGGCUCAAGGUGCUUUUGGGGGAACUUGGUGAGAUGACAAGCGACGAAGCGAUCAAGAUGUAUGAAGACAACCAAGGAUCAAUCGCUCUCGCCAAGAACCCGGAGUUCCAUAAGAGAACAAAACACAUCGACAUAUGCUACCAUUUUGUGCGUGAGAAGGUGGAAUCAGGUGAAGUCGUUUUGGAGUAUUACCCGACUCAAGAUAUGCUGGCAGACAUGAUGACCAAGCCGAUCGCCGCUGUACAAUUUGAAAACAUUCGCGAUCGACUUGGGAUCCAAGGUGCCGCAGCUAACGAGUCGAGAGGGAGUGUUGAAAAGACAGCGGCUGUGAAGAAGACACCUCGUCAAGCUGCGUCAAGUGUUGAAGCAAGUGGAAGACCAAGCUUCGCUAUACCGGUGGGUACCGGUAUGUACCAGUAA